AUGGAUCCGCCUCAGGUCCAGCUGCCAGGGUCUGAGAGUGCCGGUCCAUCGCAAGAUGCCACCGUAACCCCAGACGCAAAUCACUCCGUAGAGGUGGAGAUGGGUGGCGCAGGGGCUGCACCGAACGAUGAGGAUCACUCAUUGCUAGAUGCACCAGGAGAAAUUGAUGUUGGUCUUGAAGCUCACCCCGAGCCCGAACCCCCUGCCCCUCCAAAGAAGAAUGCUGGUCUCAUGUUCCUCGAGUAUGCUCCCCUUCCGCGGGCGUGA